GUGCGUGUUAGCAACCAAGGGAGGUGGGUAGGCCGACGUGGUUGUUGAUACAGUAAGGGAGGAGAGACGGGAGAAAAGCUACGCACAAAGCCUGCAGCGAUGGGGGCCAGCGGGGAAGAUGCGGCUGACAGCGAGGAGCGCUUCGACGGAAUGUUGCUUGCCAUGGCCCAGCAGCACCAGGGCGGCGUGCGGGAGCUUGUGAACACCUUCUUCAGCUUCUUGAGACGCAAAACUGAUUUCUUCAUUGGAGGAGAAGAUGGUGCUGCAGAGAAGUUAAUCACAGAGACAUUCAACCACCACAACAAGCUGGCUCAGAAAGCACAUAAAGAGAAGGCAGCCCGCCAAGAGGCAGAGCGGAGAGAGAAAGCAGAGCAGGCUGCUAAACUCACCAAAGAAGCGAAGCGGGCAGAAAGUGAUGCUGAGCCAAGGAUUAAGGAGCUCACUGAUGAGGAAGCAGAAAGGUUGCAACUGGAAAUUGAUCAGAAAAAAGAGAAGAAAGAAAAUGAGUCCAAAGAUGUCCCUGAAAAAUCAUCUGUGCAUUCAAUGGAAUCUUCAGAGUCCAACAAACUGGAGGCAGAUGAAGAGGAGGAAGAUGAGAAGGACAAAGGCAAGCUGAAGCCAAACUCUGGCAAUGGGGCAGACCUUCCAAACUACAGGUGGACACAAACCCUCUCUGAAGUGGAUCUCGCCAUCCCAUUCAAAGUGAACUUCAGACUGAAGGGAAAGGAUAUGAUAGUGGACAUCCAGCGACGGCAUCUGAAGGUGGGGCUGAAAGGCCACCCCGCCAUGAUUGAUGGAGACUUGUACAAUGAAGUGAAGGUGGAGGAGAGUUCUUGGCUGAUUGAGGAUGGGGAAAUAGUCACUGUGCACUUGGAGAAGAUCAACAAGAUGGAAUGGUGGAACAAGUUAGUCCAAACAGACCCAGAGCUCAACACCAAGAAGAUCAACCCAGAGAAUUCCAAACUGUCAGACCUGGAUGGCGAGACUCGCAGCAUGGUGGAGAAAAUGAUGUAUGAUCAACGGCAGAAAUCAAUGGGGCUUCCCACAUCUGAUGAGCAGAAGAAGCAGGACAUAUUGAAAAAAUUCAUGGAACAGCAUCCGGAAAUGGAUUUCUCAAAAGCAAAAUUCAACUGAGAUGAUUGCCCCCUUUCACUCCUUACUCCCCCUCCCCCAUUUUUAAAAGAAAAAAGAAAAAAAAUACAUAUAGCCUGAUCAGGACGGGAGGUACAAUUUUAGUCACUGUGAACACUCUCAUAGUUCCCAAGUCAACUUUCAGUGCAAAACAAAAACCUGUACUGAUUUAUCAGCACAUGUCAGGUUUUUCAGCAGCAGGAUCAGUUGGCCAUCUGAACCAUGACUUAUUUUUGCUGAGGGAAGACCACUUUGAGGUUCUAGCAAAAAGAGGAUUCAUGAUGGAAAUUUAGGCCUCACUUCUGUAAGUUUCCUAGAGUUCUCAGGCAGUCAUUUAAAGACUUCAGGGAGUAUCUUAAUCACCCUGUACUCUCUCCACCCUGCCCUUGAACUAAAUAGAAGGGCCUCCUUUGGACACCCCAUUGUCAGUCCUUCCGGUAUUCCAGUUCUGAACCAAACAGCCCUUCCAGUAUGCUAACUUAGUACCGCAUCACUGAGAACAGUUUCUGGUGGACAUACUGAUAAAUGAACCUGUAAGUUGCCCCUGCUUCUGCCUGAGAUGUGUGCACUGUAACAUCUAAAGGAAAACUUGGGCAGGAGUGAUGUGCUUGCAUUCCUCCUGUGCAAAUUCCCAUUUGGGCAUUACAGCGAAAGCAGGAGGAUUUACAUAUCUGCUUGUAUGCUUAACUCCCAAAGCCCUCCUCUUGUUCCAAGCACAUUUUUUGGAUGCAAAAAGAAUUCCUUGCAAAUGUGUCAAGUUUAAGAUAGAGUAAACUAUUUUGGCCAGAGAGGAAGCCACAUCAGAAUCUGGUAUAGUGAGACUUGCACAAGUUCGGUCUCUAAGCUGUUCUGCCCAGGCCCUCUGCUGUCCAAAUGAUGCAUGUCUGCUGCAGAUUCUUCUAGAGAUUUUGGCUGUAGUGUGAGCUUAAAUGACUUUCUUACCUUCCAUUACAAUACUGGUGUUGGUGUGGCACUGCAAAACUCAUAUUUAGGACUAGGAUGAGGUCUGUUAAAUAUGAUCAGUUUGGGGAGGUUGACUGUACCCUUGUGGGAAUUAAGAUAUGUUUGAUCUCUGCUCAGUGCGUUGAUGUCUUGCUUUAAAGUGUCCCACUAAUUAAUUUGGCAUUUAGCAUCAAUAGCCCAUUGUAGGACCUACUAGAGACCACAGUAUCAUGAAUUAGUGGAAUCAACAAUGAUAUUUUUGAUACAUCACCAGAAGCAAUGAAUUAUUGAGAGACAGUCUAUGUAUACAUCUCUGUUCAGAAGAAGAUCAUUUGUCGAAACGGCAGGACAUUCCGGAGACCACCAUCUACAUUCACCAAUAUAUAAUUUGUUCACCUUUUCAUCAUUGUAUAAUUUUGACUCUUUAAUAUAUUAUUAGCGUUACUUUCUCACAUUUUUUUUCAUUUUCCGCUUGCUUUAAAGUGGGACAGGUUUCACCCUAUGUCCGUGGGAGUGUACUAGAUGGCAGGCAGAUCUCUGGCUUGCUGGAGAACCAGCCAUUCACUUUCCUAGAACAGUUCCACAAACAUUUUCCUUUGCACAUUGGCCAAACAAGAGGCUUUGUGUAUUCUCUCCUUUUGGGGAUUGUUGCUGAGAAGACAGCUUGUAUUCUGCAUGUACAAUAAAAGCACCUGUUUUCAUGGGGUAUUGCUGUGUAUAUGUGUCCUCAUUAUCCAUGUGCCAAAUACUUCUGA